AUGUCUCAAGCCGUUUCCGGGUGGGACUGUUUGGGCGAUGCCGCACAAUUUGGCAUCAUCCUUGUUAUUGUCGCUGUUGUAUUGGCACUGGUGUACUUGUACUGGCGGCUCCAGAUCAAACCUGGCCUCCAAAGUGGCCGUGACGACAGUCAAAAUCCAGUCACCGGUCAUUGGGAACUCUCGAGACGGGAUCCUAGCAGGGUCUCCAUCACAAUCUACCGAGAGCCAAGGCAAUUGAGCGACCCAGAACCUGUUGAGACAGAUGGCCCAAUUUCACCGCCCGGAAAAGGACAAAUUGGGCAGACCCAACAGCAAGAAAACAACAUACUCGGCCAAGUGCCUCAGCAGCUUGGGAUGGCUCACACCUCAGAUAUACAUCUGGUGCCACCGCCACCUCCACCUCCUCCUGUUGUUUGGUCCGCCUCUCCAUCCUCCACGGUGCCACAGCCGCCGAUAGUUGGCCCGAUAGCCUUCGUGCAAUCAGGCCAUCCCCCGGCUACCUUUCACUCGACCCCGUUGACACUCGGCACGACCACGGUCCCAUAUCCGGCAGAUGUGCCGCCUCCCUAUUUUGGCUACGCCAACCUUCAAGGCCAGUACCCUCAGGCAGAGGUGGUACCGGUGCCCCAGCCCGCUUGCGCGCCUCCACCAGUCACACCAUCGACUCCGACAAGAAACAAGAAAGAGAAGAAUGUUCCAACCACUCCAGUUGCGGAACCCCAGAGCAAAUGGCGCCGUUGGUUUUCUCGGGGCAAAUCUCCCGCCACCGGCCAUGCCAGAACCCUAUCCGAUUCGUCUUCUCCGGGCCAGCCAGUCCAGGUCACCGUCACCUCCACCAUUUCCGACCCCAUCACCUCCGCGCAAGCCGCGCGAGACCGGCGCCAUAACACCCCCCCAUCCGAAUCCGAAUCUAGCAUCAGCUCCAGCUACCUCAACACAAGCCUCGAAGCCGUCCUAAACACCAACAACCCCCACCCCACACGCUCAACCCGCACCCGCACCCGCCCCCGCCCCCGCCCCCGCGCCUUCUCCAACCCCGAGACAACCCAGCCCCACCAUCAGCACCCAAACCGCGCCCCCCAGACCCGCAUCCGGCCCUCCGAUACCGUCCCCCUCGCCCACGACCUACACCGGCGGCAGCUCUCGGACGACAGCCGACAGCCAGGGCCCUCACAACGGCAGCGUCAGCGUCAGCGGCGCCAUCCGACGCCGAGUCCCGACCUCCAGUUCCCGAGCCCCGAGCGCCGGCGGCCGCGCGUGUCGUUUACGCUGCCUGAGGAGGAGGAGCAGGAGGGACGUGGUGGCGUGUUGGGUGCAUCGUCGUCGGCGGGAUCAUCGUCAGUGUCGUUGGGGUCGUUGGAGUCGGGGCGGAGUGUUGAGUUGAGGGGGGAGGGGAGGAGCCGGGAGCGGGAGACACGUGGGGGUGGUGGGGGCGGUAGAAGACGGGAGGAGGAGGAGGAGGAGGCGGAGGAGGAGGGCCGGCGGCCUGGGGUGGCUGACCGGGUUACGAGAGGUUUUAUCUAA